AUGCUCGGACGCGAACACCCCGAAUACUGGCGAAUAUUCCUCCGCUCCCUACUGCGCGAUGCAUCCUACCUACCAGACCCAGUGGCCCGGCGCUACAUGCACGACUGGGUCAUGCAGCGAUUUCGCACCGUCCGCCAUCGCAAGCAGACCCAGGAUAGUCUCAAAGCCCUCGACAAAACCGCCCGCGCCACAACACAAUUGCUACGCAAAGCCCAAGCCGGCCGCUUGCGCGCUCUAAACAAAGUACUAUUCAUGUCAUACGGCCGCACAGGCAGACGGCGGCAUGAACUUCUAGCAGAAAUGCUCGCGGAGCCCGUCCCCGCCGACACCGAGGCCGUGCGGCACGUGGUGAUGAACAAGAAGACCGAUUUUGGAGACGACUGGCGGCCACCGGCUAUGGUGAUGGCCCUGCUCAAGUCCCAGAUAAACAACCCAGAGAUCCAGCAACGCCGACCAAGACCGCAGGUCAAGACGCUUGCACCAUCAAUUCCCUCGCAGAACAGCUGGGCGCAGCCCAUGCCGCGUAUCCGCAAGGUGAACCUUCGCCGGAAAUGGUACCAGGAUGUGCUCGACAGUCUUCUCCCUCCACUUCCAGACAACGUCCUGCGCACACUGGACGGUCUGGUGGACGGGACAGUCCGAUGGGCCCCAGUGAAGCGGCGGACGCCAGCGAAACGGACCUUGGGGGAAGACGAGGUGGGAAGGGAAGACAAGGCCGACCAAAACCUUCUCAAAGACCUAACACUCGGUCUGGCGAAGGAAGGAACCUUCAGCCACGAAGGCGGACGCGCACACGAUAUCAAUUACCGAUUCAUGCGGCAUAACUGGCGACGGGUGUCGGCUCUCGUGCCGCGGAUAAGCCGUGACGAGACGUGGAAUAAGUGGGAUAUCUGGUGGGAUCGACCCAAGCCUGCGGCGCAGUACGCAUUCACGCCCAAGGAUUCCGCGAAGGAUAUGUUCAGCAAGAAAUAUUCAGACUCGGAGCCGAAGGUCGACGCAUACUCGCCCCGGCAUGGUGUCGAUGCUCCGGAUGUGAAGGGUGACAGUAGGACUGCGAGUAAAUGA